AAGAAAGGAGUGGGUUAGAGUUAAGCUCUAAUCCAGAUGUGUAUGGCUGGUUGGACCAGAGCAGACGCAGCUAGGGUCCACCUCUCUAACACAGACCCAACUCUCCUCCAUCACUUCUAACACAGACCUAGUGCUGCUUGGUUUACCUCAGAGCGUCACAGCAAGACUAAAACCAGACUGGAUACCUCACUCCUCUACCGAACUGGUGUCUCACUGUCCUGGCUACUGUCAACACUGCUGUCAACCUACUUUUUCUUGGAGGAAUUUCCAGGUCGGAUGAUGGCGUGAGAGACCUGCCAUGGCUGCUGAGGGUGUCACUGUCCUGGCUCCCUGGCUGAGGCUGAGGGCAGUGCUGCUGCUGUUUCUGGUGCUGCUCCUCUCCCCCCUGGCCCUGUGUGCCCCAUGCCCCAGGGGCUGCAGCUGCCCUGGCAUCAAGGAGGUACACUGUACCUUCCGCCACCUCACCUCUGCCCCACGCAACCUGCCCAAGGACACAGAGAGGGUUAACCUGGGCUAUAACAGCCUCCAGGCAGUGGGAGGGUCAGAGUUCAAAGAACUCCGCCAGCUGGAGAUGCUUAUGCUCCAUGGGAAUGACAUCACGACCGUAUCUUCAGGAGCGUUUUACAGCCUGCGCUCUCUGCAGAUUCUGAAGCUGAGCUACAACAAGCUGGAGGCCAUCACCCCUGGUAUGUUUGAGGGCUUGGUCAGCCUGGUGCGACUCCACCUGGACCGCAACAACAUAGACUUCAUCGAGCCGUACACCUUCAGUGGGCUAACAUCAUUAAAACUCCUACAGUUAGAGGGGAACAAGCUGAGGGACCUCCACCCACACAGCUUCAUCACCCUCUCUCUCCUGGGGAACUUCUGGAGCUCUGGGCUGCGUCACCUCCACCUGUCGGACAACCAGCUGCACUACCUCCAGCCUGGGACCCUGCAGCCCCUCAGCAAACUGGAGCUGCUCUCCCUACAUGGCAACCCUUGGACCUGUGACUGCCAUCUCCAGUGGCUGCUAGAGUGGAACAACAAACAUGAGGGAGUGAUUAAGUGUAAGAAGGAGCGGGACGCUGCCUCUAGUGAGAGCUGUGUUGUGUGCUCCUCACCUCAGUCCUUAAAUGGCAGCCAGGUCCUGGGGCUGUCUGCUGGCCAGCUGGCCUGUGAGCGUCCCUCUCUGGAGUCCCCUCUGAAGCAGUGGGACAGCCCCGGUUGGGACGACACGGACUCAGAGCCCGACCUGCCCUACACCAGGGACCUGGAACGUCCCCUGGGCCACCUCACCUUCGUCCUGACCGACAGCCACGGGAACAAAGCGCACGUGGCCUGCGACGUCCGGCGGCCCAGCAAGAGCUCCUCCAUGACGUGGGAGAACCUGCGGACGUCCGGGGAGGUGGCGGUCAACGUGAGCCUGGUCAGCCUGCUGGAGUGUGAAAUCGAUCGGGACGCUCUGCAGAACCUCUGGAGGCUGGUGGCCUACUACUACGAGAGCCCCGCCCUCCUGGAGAGGGGGAUGAGGAGGGAGAACACCAGCAGAGUCACGUUUCAGUACUCCCAGGGUCAUAACGAGGAAUCCCCUUACUUUACAGAUCUCAACGGACACUUAAUGGCUGAACCGACGUGGCUCCUCCAACCAAGGGUCACCCUGCAGCUGAACAGGCGGCAAACCACCACGAAAAAACUGGUGCUGGACUUUACCACGUUCAUCUCCAAGCACAUCAGUGGUAGGGGAGAGCAGGAGGAUAUGAUUUCCUCCUGGGCCCUAAUACAGAGAGGAAGCCCUGGGAGAGUUCAGUCUGUGCUGGAGGGCUCUGAGGUCAGUCUGGGGUGUACAGUUAUCAGUUCAGGGUCACAGUCUUUGGAGUGGAUGCUCCCAGAUCUAUCUAUCCUGGAAGAAUCUAAUUCCCGGCUGGUGUCUGAGGGAGGCAGACUGGUCAUUAGGAAUGCUAGUGUGUCUGACUCUGGGCUGUAUCACUGUCUGGUCCGCACCGAGACUGACGUGGACAUGGUGCCUGUGAGGUUGACAGUAAAAGAACGCCUGCUCAGCCCGAGCACUCUAAAUGGGAAGAAGAUGGAAGUGGAGAGUGGGGAGUCCCUCUCACUCCCCUGCUAUGUGAACUCAGCACAGCCUAGCGAGACACGCUGGUACCUCCCUAAAAAUCAGAUCCUACAACCGUCGCAACCGAAGGGGAGGGUUUACGUCAAUCAAAAUGGAUCUCUGGUGAUCAAAAAGACAACUCAUGAGGACGCUGGGGAGUACAGCUGUUUGGCUGCUAACCUCUAUGGAGUAGACAUGUUGGCUCAUCUCGUGGUCGUCACAGGGGAGAAAGACUUGGAUGCAAAAGAAGAGGUUGAGAAAGAAUCAUCUGGUGUUGAAACAGCCAGAGGAGAAUCACCUUUGUUUGGGAGUGAGGAGGAUGAAGGUGAAGGGUCGGGGUUCCAGGCGAUAAAAGGCCCCCAUGCUACACAGUCUCCUAAGAGGGUGGGUGGACAACAGAGGUACCCUGGAGGGCUUCUACGCCCUGGUAUGAAAGGGAAAAGGAUCAAGGAUAACAAGAGGAAAUCUAAUAAGUCUGUCAAGGAGCUCGACCCCAACCGCUGGGCUGAGAUCCUAGCCAAAGCUAACGCUAAGCCUCCGACACUACCGCCUACAAGACAACCACUAACUACACCAACAACAAAAACAGCAACGACAAUGACAGCCAAAACCACUGUGACUACUCCUAAACCCACUACUACCACUACUACUACUACCACUACUACUCCUAAACCCACUACUACUCCUCCUACCACUACUACUCCUAAACCC